AUGUCAUCGGAUUCAGCCACAUCUGUGGCCCUAUCGCCCUCAGUAGAAUUCUACAUUGCCUCCAACCCACCCCUGACACCAAUUGGCGUCAAGCAGGUCAUGGAGUGGAUUAAGCAACGCAAUACUGAGCAUCUCAUCUUUGACAUCUUGUACGAACCAGAGGUGCCAUGGUUCAAGAUUCUGACACCUGUUCCGUGGCAGGCUAAGGCUACAGCUCUUGUCAAGGACUGUCUAUCGAAGAUUGUAGACGACAGCUGGGCUGUUGACCAGCUCCCGGAGGACCUAGGGACCGGCAUUCUUUUGGAUAUCGUUCCUGCUCCACCUCUUACUUCCUGGGCUGCUCUUUCGUUAUCAACAGAGAUAUACGAAUUGUGUUUUGAUGAGUUUAAAUAUCCUCAAGAUAUGAAAGACCUUAGUUUCAAACACAAAUGGAAGGUCCUUGUAACCGAACCAAGGUUUACGAUUGACUCACUCCUUGCAUUCCCCUCAGAAUGGCAUCAACUUGGGUUUCCUGCGGAUAUGCAAGCGCUACAGAGACUGCUACACUGCUAUAUGUCGCACAAUAUAGCGAAAACAACUAUUUACCUUGGCAGUAGCGCGGGGCAGCACAUUAUCACCAGGGCGGUCAAAGUUCUGAAUACACUCUUACAGUGCGCUAUCGCUAUUUCUGAUCACAAAUAUCAUCUGAUACACGUUGGGAACCAAGGCGACAUGAGAUUUACCUACAAAUAUCUAACUCAAAUUGGACAUUUCAGGACGACGUAUCCUCCCCUUCCCAGCAGCCCGGAUGAGUUUGUACGGCUUGAAACUGCUGUAACAAUUCAAACGGUCAGCAUGAAGAAGAAUAGCUGGAAGUGCGAUGCAACAAAGUACCCUUCUAGGGGUGAGCUUCGAAAUGACGCUGUCAAAGAAUUUAGCGCAUUUGAAGGAUACCAGUAUAGGGAUAAAACAGCCAGCUCUAUCGCAGCUUUGAUGGAGGAAGCAGAGCGGCUUAUCCUCAAAAGUGAAGAAAAAGCCAAGGGUAAUGCAGUUCAAAGCUCAGCGUCCACUUCCGAAAGCGAUUCAAAGUCGUCAGGCGGGAGCACAGCUCCUACUGAAAACAUGGCUCAUGAGCAUAGCCCCCCAGACCCAGAGACACCUCAUAGUCCUUUGCCCGGACUACCCAACCCGCGGGCUAUUUCCAACUUUAUAGAGUCGGAUGACCUUAUUUGCUUCGACGAAUCUACUAGCCCUUUUGAAAAAGAUGCGUCAAACGAACCCCAGGCAAGCUUGUUGGAUGACAUCUUGCCUUCGGACUCUGGCGUGCCGUCACGCACAACCAGUGAGAUCACGACCACAACGACCCCAAUGGAAGAGAACCUUUACAACCAAUCUUUGCCAAACCUGCUCCCUCAAAACACCAACGUUCUAGCACCAGGUUUCCAACACGGUAUAAUGUCGUCAAUGAGCCAGCAGCAAAGAAAGGGAGGCACACAACAUCUUUGGGAAGCACAUAUCAAGUCCCUGGUGUCAAUGGCUCAAUAUGUUCCAGGUCAUGUCGGAAUUCAAACUAAGUUUGGCCGCUUUUACGUGACAAACCUUCGCGCCUCCGAUGUUGAUGAUGGGCGAGGCCCAUACCGUAAAAUGACUGACAUCAUUGAGGGUUUAGAAGCAGCAACAUUGACUGGCAAUCUGCGCUACUCGACAAUUCUUUCCAAUAUUGGGCCAGAUGCCGACGCAAUCGUCGGUGCCUCAGCACCCAUUCCAAAGUGGCAGGGGCCAGAACUUGAUGUUGUGUAUCAAGUUGAGUGCGAAUUCGAUGACGAGAGAUUCUUCGUUGAAAUAGACGCUGAAACCUUCAACUACACCUGUCGUGGGCCAGAACUUGAGAUUGGCUCCGUCUUUGUGCACUGCCCUCAGCACGCGUGGGACUUCAAGGUGUGUGUAGAUAGUUCAGAGAACUUGGAUGCCUCCUUGAUACAUAGAACCUUUGGGAAGAUUAUUGCCACUUCUCUUCAUGUUCUCACCGCUCCAGAUGGCAACAAGAUGCUUGACCUCAUUGCCGAUACUAAAUUGGGGCUUUCAAUCAAAGGAGUGACUGUACGACAUGUGGCACGCUAUUUCAACGUUGCGAUUAGAGAUAGUGUGCUGUCUAUUACCAUGAUACACAAAUUAUCACCUGCAAGUAUCAAGAAUAAUCGCGGAAGAUGGGUCAGGCGUGACUUGCCAGCUCGUGCUGAUCCCCAGUCCUGGUACGAAGCACACAUUUCCUCAUUGGAAAUGGAGAGAGUUUUAGGAGAAAAUGGCUCUGUUCCUUUGGGAAGUCGGUCAACCUGGAGCGCUGACGAUCUCGAAUCGCAUGGCCUUUUCUUUAGUCUGUACGAACCGGCGGCAAAGAUGAUUCCUGAUCUGGACCGCAUUGGACAAUACAACGACAACAAACAAUCAGAAGCUAAGCUACAUUUUGUUGACUCAGUCGUGGAGCACCAUAAACGAAACGGCCCAAGGGAGGUGUUUUGGUAA